GCGAGCUGCUGCUGAAGGCGAUGUGGGUAGUUUUCAGGAUUUAAUUUUGUAACUAAUUAGCUGAAGUGUUACAUAGACUGGCGGGACAAGAAGAUAAAGUUUUUAUUUCUCGCUUUCUUCCUUUACCGGGUCCUGUUUCUGCUCUUCCUCGAGCGGUUUACAUGACUGUCAUUCAGAAAUAGGUACUACAGCCUGCAGCGCUCACGUGUUUCUCCAUAGUCUGUGUAUUUUUUAUAUUUCCUCCUACAUUUACGCUCAUAUUUUCGCUCCCUUAAUUAUAUCAAACUUUGCGUACUUAGUAAUUUACUGCAACUGGGUUUCGGUGACUGACGUGUCUUUUCACAAGUGUAAAUUAUUCAUACCUUGAAUCACGGAUUAAGUUUUCUAAAUCAAAAAGUAUCUGGAAAGGAGGUGAAGAACGCUUUUGCAGGAUACCUGUAACGAGUAAGAGACUGGGGAUAAUCUCAUCAUCGCCGGGAACUUUACAAGUGGCUGAGAAAUCUUCCUGAACAUUAAACUAAAAUGAAGCUUCUCUGGGUCUCUCUGUUGCUGGAGGUGAUCCUGAUGUCCACCGCCGCCAGGGGUCCCCCCAGGGUGUCAGAGAGGGUGGCCCACCGGCAGAGUGUCCGCCUAGGCCGCACCAUGAAGCUGCCCUGCCCUGUGGAGGGUGACCCCCCACCUCUCAUCAUGUGGACCAAAGAUGGUCGCAACAUCCACAGUGGAUGGACUCGGUUCAAGGUGUUACAGCACACUCUGCGUAUUAAAGAGGUGGAGACUGACGACGCGGGGACUUACAUCUGUAAAGCUACCAACGGGUUUGGGAGUGUGAACAUCAACUACACCCUCAUUGUUAUAGAUGACUCCAGUUCAAGAGGUGGAGCAAGGACAGCCAAUGGCGAUUCUGAACAUGCCCCGGAGCUGGCUGGCAAACUAGUCGGUCCACGUUUCACCCAGCCUGCAAAGAUGAGGAAGCGUGUCAUCGCUCGCCCAGUGGGCAGCUCCGUACGCCUCAAGUGCCCGGCAAGCGGUAACCCUCGCCCCGAUAUCGUCUGGUUGAAAGAUGGUCGACCGCUGGUGGAUGAGGACGGUGGAAGAGGAGAAGGGAAGAAAAAGAAGUGGACUCUAAAUCUGAAGAACCUGACGCCGGAGCACAGCGGGAAGUACACCUGCCACGUCUCCAACAGAGCAGGAGAGAUCACUGCCAACUACAAAGUGGAAGUCAUACAGCGUACCAACUCUAAACCCAUUCUAACUGGUACCCACCCAGUCAACACUACAGUGGACUAUGGAGGAACCACAUCUUUCCAGUGUAAAGUCCACAGUGACGUCAAGCCGGUUAUUCAGUGGCUUAAAAGAGUUGAACCUGGUGAUGAAAACAAAUUCAACUCCACCAUUGAGGUUGGAGACCACCGCUUUGUGGUCCUGCCUACUGGAGAAGUUUGGUCCCGUCCUGAUGGGUCUUACCUCAAUAAGCUGCUGAUAACCAGAGCCAAGGAGGAAGAUGCCGGCAUGUACAUCUGCCUGGGAGCCAACACUAUGGGCUACAGCUUCAGGAGCGCCUACCUGACCGUGCUGCCAGAUCUGAAGCCUCAAACCAACUCUGUCCCCACAGCAGCAUCUCCAAGCCUCCCCUGGCCUGUCAUUAUUGGAAUACCUGCAGGUGUCGCCUUCAUCUUAGGCACCGCCCUCCUCUGGUUCUGCCAAUCAAAACGCACCUGCUCCUCUUCUUCCUCGUCAUCCUCCUCUGCUCUUCCCGCUGCUCAACGUCUAUCUGUGGCCGGUCGUGACCGAGCCUGCCCAACGCUGCCUGCACAACUGACCAACGGGGACAAAGAUUGUCUUUCAUAUGAGGACUACAUUGCCCAUCAGCAGCUGCUCCUGGCUCAAGGAAGUGCUGCGUUGGCUCCGAAGGUCUAUCCAAAGAUCUACACAGAUAUUCACACACACACGCACUCACACGUGGAUGGCAAAGUGCACCAGCACCAGCACAUUCACUACCAGUGUUAGCAGCAAGGCUGGCAGAAAGCUUUGGUGUUUCACAUUCAACUCUUACAUGAACAUGUGAAUGCAGACUCAGCCACAACAGUCUACAGUAACUGCUGACAUACAGAGCAAAGAACAAUGACAGCCACAUGCAAGAGGCCAUGUGGAAUCAUAUGCAGAAUGAUGGGAUCAUGCUACUUUUCCUCAUUCUGCUGUUGUCACGUGUUGUGUGCAAUUGGACUUAUUCAAGACAAACUAUGAAGAAUGUAAAGGAAGAAGACAAAGAUCUUUACUGAGCAUGGGAGCCAAUCAUCUAUGAGAGAAAAAUCCCCAAAUUUGUUUUACUAAAGUGUGUUAUAUAAUACCUCUUCUAUAAAUCUCUCCUUUUUUGCUCAGAGGAUUUAUUUGAAACAACAGUGAACUCAGAGCUUCACUGUAGCUUUACAACUACCCUACAGUGUAUUGGCUGCUGUUCUUUGAGUAUUUUGGACACAACCACAAUUUCCUCAGUAACAGUACAAAUACAGCUCACUUACAUAAGAAGGCUCCUCAUAUAGCUACUCUUGUAUAUAGUGGAAUAUGAUUAUAUGGCAUUUAGCAUGCUACUUCAUCCUGGAUAUUCUAGAGAGGACAAUAUAGCAUGUGUGUAAUGUAAUAGCUUAAUUUCAGAGAACAUUUCAGGGCAUCAGCCCAACUGAGCCAAGAACCACAAGUCAAGACAAACAGCUGUAUCCACACCUUCAGUAAAGAUCAGGCUGCUGGUUUUUGCUUCUGUCUGCCUGGCAAUCAAUCUGCUCGUACUCUGGUUAAUGAAUUUACUGACAGGUUCUGUCUCAUUGAAGGCAUUUUUAUUUCCUAUAGAAUGGUGGCAUUUCCUGUUUGUGUCUACAUUCGAUACUGGCUUUAGAGGAGAGAUGGGUGAAGGAUAGCAGUUCUCAUGUCUUUAGCCAACAGCACAAAGGGAUUAUCAACAAUGCCUGCAUGCAAAAUGAUGCCCUCUAAGAAUUGUUUCCAGAUUUCAUGGAUUUCUGUUGGAUCACUGGAUAUUUCAAAGAUUCUUGUUCCUCUCUUAUGAGAUUUAAAGGGAUUAAAAGAGUGAGACUUCAUCUUGAACUCUGUAACUUAAGAAUGAGACUUUAAGUCCUCAGCUGUUCCUCUUGGAGUUCCUCACACUAUGAGAGUGUAUGGAAUAUAAGUGAACAGUGGUUUCCUCUGCUCUGUUCUCCAUGCAUGGUUUGUUACAAGAUAGAUGGAGUCAUCUGUUGUCUUAGAUAAAGGGCUGCCAGCUCAGUGAUCAUAAUGAAACAUGGUUCAAACCCAUAUGUAUUUUUUUCACAAGCACUAAAAUCCCAAAUAUAAAGAUUACUACUCCAUCUACUAAAGCAUUAAAAUCACCUGUAAACUGCUACUAGUUAGCUAGUUACUGUUAGGUUUAAUUUUUCACAAUAUGUUGCUGGAUUAUCUUGUUGGAAGUGUUCAGAGACAAACUGAUCCCCACCUGAUCUCGUUACUUAGUUUGUUCUCUGUCUAUCCGUCUAAAGGGUGGGCCACGGAAAAGUAGCCCGUGUACCCGCAUUGCCCGUGGCACCGGUAUUGGAGGCGGGCUAUUUUUCCGUGGCCCACCCUGUAUCUGUCUGCCUGCCUGUCUCAGUCUCUCUCUGUCUUUUUUUUUAUUGAAGACUGCUCUUUUACUCUCAACAUACCACUGCAUUAUUGCUGUUAAUGUUCCUGGUAGAUGUUGUACGCAGUCGGUUAUAACAGACGUUCUGUUGUUCCUGUGUGUGCUCAUCAAUCUGACCACUAUAUAACUGUAAAGAUUACAUAAAAUUAUUCAUCAAAACAACAUUUAGGUUUCAACAGUUUUUCCACUGCAGCCUUCUCUCUGAAAGGCACAUGGAGCUGUUUAAAAAUCCAAAUUAUUUUUAAAAUGCAGAAGUGUUUAUAUGUGAAAGAUGAAAGAAGCUGUAGGCUUAUUGUGCAGUUGAUUGUGUUUGUAUUAAGUCAAUAAAAGAUGAGUGGACCUGCAGACCAGAACUUUAGAACAACUGCUAGUUAAGACUCCAGUCUCUUGCUUUGUGUAUUUUAAAUCCCUUUUGGUGAUUUAGUCUGAACCUGUGAAAUUCUUUGUAUUAUUUCAGUCUAUGAAUUACUAGACUUCAGCCUACUAUAGUUACAGCCUUACAGAUAUAAUGAGCCACACCUGUAUAAAUAAAUAUUAAACUAAUUUUGAACAAAACGCACAUCUCGAACAAUAGACAUUUUGUAACUCUAUUAUAUUUGCUUGUUCAUCUUUCCAGCAGCUUCCUCGCUUUUUUCUGUAUAACCAUUAAAUUGCGAUUAAAAUUAUGAAGUACAAAUUGAAAAAAAUAAACAUACAACAAAAUGACAUAUCUGCUAAUAUACCUUGCUUGCAACAGCUGGAAAUGAAUAUAGCAUUUGGAAUAUUGCAUUUGUACCCUGUUUUUGAGAUGUUUUUCUUGUCCUUACCAUGUUUUCUUUUUUUAACCACCUCCUGAACAACAGGAAAGGUUAACAUUUGUCAAACAGUAACAUUUUCUCCAGUCACUUUUCUUUUUUAGUGAAACUGUCCUCAUAUCAGUUUUCACACAUCUCACAUGUUAAACUUUUAUGUGUCAUAGCUAAAGUACUGCCAUUAGACUGUGUUUGUGUGCACUUACAGUACCACUAGUACAUGUAUGUACAUGGAAUGACAUUAGUGUGGAAAUUAUAGAUAAUAUUAGAAAAUUGAGUGAGUGCUUUGGAUCAUGACUUGAGGAACGCGUUGGCCUGCGAAACAUCGUAAAUGCUAAACUGUCUCAUAAUUCAAAAGGAAAUUGUUUCUAAUUUAUUUACUUUUGAGCUUCUUUCAUAUAAUUGGGCAUUAUAGUGCAUGAGUGGAUUUUGUGUUAUAGUCAUAAAGUAAGCUACACAGCAAGUACCAUUUUUAUGUCAUUGUAAGAUACUGUAUUUAUACAUGCUGACAGAAUAUACAAAAUUUUAUUGAUAACCUUUGUAUUGACAAUCUUGUACAGUAUAUCCUCAUUUAGGUAAAAAAUGUGUUUUCUCUU